AGGGAACAGAGAGACACAAGAGAACUGAGCAAAGAAGAAAAGAUGCAGAUGAUCAUCAUUGAGGUCUGAGCUCCAUUGAGAUACACUGGGGGUCCCUGAAUGUGUCUCAUGUCUGUCACCUCAGUAACAACAACACAAAGUACAGAGAGCAGCAAUGAAGCUGAUAAAGGGAAUAGGAAGGGGUGGGACAAACACAUUGAGGCUCAGGGUACAAGGGGUGGAGACAUUUCAGGCAGCAGUAGAGAUGAGGGAAUAGAAGCAGAAGAGAAGGGGUUAAAGAGAUUCGAGAUCCACAGCCCCUCCCCCACUAUCCCGAGGAAGACCCAAGAGCUCACUCGCCCGCUACUCCCAGCGAUCACUUCUACAGGGGAGACUUUAAAGCCCUGCGGACACCUGGGAGUUGUAUUUCUUUUUCCUGAGCCGCCCGAUAAACAACAUUCAAAUAGAAACUACAUUUCCCAGAACUACCCGCGGCAGCUUAUGCGUGACGUCAAUAAAACACAGUAGCGCGUUGCACCUCGGGCAUUAUAGUAUCUAAACGCUUAGAUCCUCAGUUUUCGGCACAUUUAAACUACAAGUCCCAGUGACAUAUGCGGCAGUGGCGACGCUCGUAGGGAGAGACGGGAAAUAUAGUUGCACAGCUCGUGGGCUCCUUGGAACAAAAAGGCGGGCCGCUGGGAUAAAACUACAAUUCCCGAUGGCCCGUGGGACUUAAACUGCACAGAGACACUCGUUUCGUUUCGGGCCCGGGACAAUUAUGGGGCCGGAAGGGGAGGGCUGACGAGAAUACUUCCGGUGAAUGGAGCCUCCCUGUGUAAAUCCCAUCAAGGUAAAACUCAGAGAUUAUUGGAGCGACCCAUUUCCCUGAUUGUGAUUGGCUCAUCGGCAUUUCCUCUGGCCCCGCCAACUUCUCUCCCAGGUUGAGAGUGUGACACAAUGAGUGGGGAGCAGGGGUACAUGUGGCCCCCAGGAUCAGAUGAUGAAGAGAGUCACUCGGGUUUCUAUGGUGCAAUGAAUGGGAAUAACGAUGAAGAGGACGGUCCCACCUAUUUACAUCACGCGGGGGUUCUGUUGGACUGUCAGGACGAGGAGUCGCCCCCCGGGGAGGAGGAGGAGAGUGAGGAGAGCCUGCUGGGGUCAGACAAGAAGGACAGCCCAACUAGCGGUGCCCCAAUAAGGCCGUCAAUGAGCGGCUCCCGCAAACUCACCAACAUCAUCGCCCACCUGCAGAGUCUGGCCAGCGAGCGGGAGUCGUCCAAGCAGGAGCCCCCCGAGGAGCCAGACUUCCAUAUGGGGGAGAACUCAUUUGCCUUUGUGCACCACGACAUUCACUUUGACCAUGAUGAGGGGGCUCUGGCCUCCCCCCAAGGCCGCUCACACUCGGCCGAGCAAAGGUUAAAGGCCUUUAAAGCCAUAAAGAUAUUACAGGAGCCCGACGGCAAGGAGAAAAAGUACAUUUGUGUGGAGUGCGGCAAAACCAGCCGCUACAAGUCGGCCUACCUGCGACACAAGAGAACCCACACCGGGGAGAAACCCUUCAGCUGCAACGACUGCGGCAAAUGCUUCCGACGCAGCUCCCAGCUGGUCACGCACCAGCGCAUCCACACCGGAGAGAAACCCUAUGCCUGCCUCCGCUGCGGCAAGAGCUUCAGCUGCAACUCCACCCUGGUCACCCACCAGAGAACUCACACCGGGGAGAAACCCUACAUCUGCAUGGAGUGCGGCAAAGGCUUCAUCCACAGCUCUGACUACAACCGGCACCACCGCGUGCACCGAGGGGAGAAGCGCUACACCUGCAAGGAAUGCGGCAAGAGCUUUAGCCAGAGUUCUUACCUGGUCAUCCACCAGCGAAUCCACACCGGAGAGAAACCCUUUGUGUGCAACGAAUGCGGCAAGUGUUUCAGCCGCAACUCAUCCCUUGUGACGCACCAGAGGGUACACACGGGCGAGAGGCCCUAUACAUGCGCCGAAUGCGGCAAAAGCUUCCGACAGAGCUCCCACCUUCUCAUCCACCAGCGCACCCACACGCCUGACAGUCACCUGGCAUUGCGCGCCAUGAUGUGAAACCUUUGCCCAGUGUUAUUGCCAAAGAUAGUGAGUAGGAAGCCUCCUCCAACUCUCCAUCCAGCCUGGAAGCAACUCACUGACUGCUUAUGGACUUCUUGCUGCUAAUGGAGACACAGGGAGGCCACAUACUUUGCCCCUAGUAGUGACCCAACCUUACAGGUCAAUUGUGGCCCAGUUAGCUGGACCCUCAUGUGCCCCUUCCCCCAAUCUAUUUAUACGCAGACAUGGGCUACUAGAGACAGACGAGUGGCUGGUAGUGGCGACUGCAUGCUUCUCUGUCCAAUCAGCAGCUCCUUACUGGAUCCCCAUGUCCUAUUAUCUCUAGAAUUUUGGUUCAGUUUCUUUUAAAGUUUGUAACAUGAGAAAUGUG